CUGUCAGACCACCAAAAUUUUUAAUUCUUCUAAUUCUAUCCGAGCGCAUUUGGAAAAGAAGACAGGACAAUGAGUCUCUCAGCCAAGGACAAGGCCACAGUUAAGGCUUUCUGGAGCAAAGCCGGCGGAAAGGCCGAUGAAAUCGGUGCCGAGGCACUGGGCAGAAUGCUUACCGUGUACCCCCAGACGAAGACUUACUUCGCCCACUGGUCUGAUCUGAGCCCCGGAUCCGCUCAGGUGAAGAACCAUGGAAAGACCAUCAUGGGAGCCGUCACCGAUGCCGUCGGUAAAAUAGACGACCUGCAAGGUGCCCUGAGCAGCCUCAGCGAGCUGCACGCUUUCAAACUGCGAAUUGAUCCGGCCAACUUCAGGAUCCUGUCCCACAACCUCAUCGUAUGCUUCGCCUUGUACUUCCCGGCUGACUUCACUCCUGAGGUCCACGUGUCAGUUGACAAGUUCUUGGCCAAUGUGGCUCUGGGUCUUUCUGAGAGAUACCGCUAAAUUUCACUGGAUGUCAGUCCAGCACCGCAAAGCGCAUGAAUAAGAAUCAAUAAAACUCUCUGAGAAUCAAUGGCA